UAUCUCAGCUCUGCUCUUGUUUGAUUCUUUGGUUUAGAAUAGUCUACCUGUUUCAAUGGCACAAGGUUCAGUAAACACAGGAGAACAGGUGGUUCUUGUUGAAGAAGUAAACCAUGUGAAAUUGCUCACCUUGAAUCGACCUCGUCAACUUAAUGUCAUUUCGUGGAACAUGCUUUCUCUGCUAACUAAGUAUCUAGAGAAUUGGGAGAAGGAUGAUCAAACAGAGCUUAUCCUAAUCAAGGGAGCUGGACGGGCUUUUUCUGCCGGUGGGGAUUUAAAAAUGUUCUAUGAUGGGAGGAAGAUAGAGGAUUCCUGCCUAGAGGUUGCAUAUAGAAUGUAUUGGCUGUGUUAUCACCAGUUCAUCUAUAAGAAAACCCAGGUGGCUCUUGUUAAUGGAAUAUGCAUGGGUGGAGGUGCAACUCUUAUGGUUCCAAUGAAAUUCUCAGUUGUCACAGAUAAGACUGUUUUUGCAAUGCCUGAAGCUAGUAUUGGUUUUUACACAGACUGCAGCUUCACAUACAUUCUUCCACGUCUCCCUGGGUAUUUGGGGGAAUACUUGGCCUUAACAGGUGCUAGACUAAAUGGGAAGGAAUUGAUUGCAACUGGUCUGGCAACCCACUUUGUUCCUUCUGAGAAAUUGCUUGAGCUUGAGAAGCAUUUGAUUAGUUUGAACUCCGGUGACAAUAAUGCUGUUAAAUCAGUCAUUGAGGAAUUUUCUGUUGAUGUUCAACCUGACGAAGAUAGUUUCUUACACAAGCAAUCAAUAAUUGACAAAUGCUUCUGCCAGGAUUCUGUUGAGGAAAUUAUAAGAUCAUUUGAAACUGAAGGAAACAUAAAGGGAAAUGAAUGGAUAGGUCCAGUGCUCAAGGGUUUGAAAAGAUCUUCUCCUACAGGAUUGAAGAUAACAUUGAGAUCGAUUCGAGAGGGAAGGAAACAAACUUUGACUGAAUGUUUGAAGAGAGAAUUCAGAGUCACAGUCAACAUACUGAGAGGCAAAAUAUUUGGUGAUGUCUAUGAGGGUAUCAGAGCUCUAACCAUUGACAAAGACAAUUCCCCAAAGUGGGACCCAGCAACUCUUGAUAAAGUUAGUGGAGAAAGAGUGGACCUACUCUUCCAGCCAUUUAAAGAAGAACUGGAGCUCCAGAUUCCAGCCAAGGAAGAAUGCAGGUGGGAUGGAAAGUAUGAGAAUACAGCCUAUCCAAGCUUAAAGGCAACAGCCUAACCCAAAUAAUAUCAACUUCUCAGCAGUCAUGAGUUCCCCCCAAAUGUACUUCCCCUUGUAUAUAUGUAAUAAAGUUUACUGUUCUACAGCAAUUCAGGCUGGUUUUACAUUUCUUUCUCUAGUUUUCAUUAUUACUAAUAAAAUUCUUCUUCCAAUAGUAAAGAUUUU